AUGGAUCAUACCUCUCACAAUGCCCUACAAGGCUGUGUCUCCUCCUUGCGCUCAAGCAUGCAGCUUCUCGACUCUAGCAUCAACAUUCUCGACUCGGGCGUGAGCGACUACACUAGGCUAGCCAAAGUACUGCAGACAACACGACACUUCGAGCUCAUAUCCUCCCACGACCUUGCCAUCGCCCAAUCCUCGCUGCUGUCCGAAAUCCAACCUGAAGUCACUAAUCUCCUCUCCCGCGUGGAAACGUACCUGGACAAGCUAGAGCGGCGGGAGCAAUCGCUCAUUGCGAAAGCAGAGCUGCAAGAGGGAAGGCUGUCGCGAACCAGUGCCGGUGCGAACCGAGCUUCAGGCGCGAAGGCUCCGGCGGCGGCGACACCCAAUGGUGCGGACGCGUUGAGCGCGGCGGAGGAGUUGAGGUUGCAACAAUUGCGACAGAAGAAGGAACGGUUGAGCUAUGCGGUCAGUCGGUUGGAACUACAGGCAGGGCAAAGGCAGAGGCAGUUGAGGAAGAGUAUGGCAGCGCAAUGA